GCAAAUUUUUAGCUUGGCCUUGGGUACCGCGAGGUUUCGUCGUCUACUGUUUGUGUUUGACUGCUUUUAUGACUUUUUGUUUAAAACAAAUUAUUACUUACGUUUAAGCAUCCAAAAGAUUAAAUUCCAACCAUGGACGAAGCACCGAAACUUGAUUGGAUGUAUGCUGGCCCUGCUGGUCAUGUCAACACUGACGAAUACUUGACAGGUCGAGCUGUAGACAAAACAUUUGAACAGUUUAAACUUGGAGGAGCAGAACCUUUGAAUCUGGACUUACCUGCACCAACUUUACCCAGAGAGAAGUCUUCUGUACCUAGAAUUCAAGUUGAUGUGGCUCGGAAGGUUCAAGAGGAUCCACUUUUAACUAUUCGAAGACAAGAAGAAGAAAGAAGAGCCACAUUGAGGGAACAAAUGUUAAUUCAACAAAGGUUAACAUCCCACAGCAACAAAACAUCAAAUUCAAAUCAUGUAGGCAGUAAAAAUAGAACAGAGAAAAGAAAGGACUCUGACAGUUCAGAUAGUUCUGAUUUAGACUCCAAGUUAGCUUCUAAAUUGAAACAACUAAAGAAAAAGGAAAGCCUUGAUGAAAAAAUUGCUAAAAAACUUCAGAAAUUAAAGAAAAGAAGAGAUAGCACAUCUAGUUCUUCUUCUUCGGAUUCAGAUGACAAAAAUGAUCGUCAUGGGAAAAAGAGAACAUCUUAUGAUUCACGUCGUGAAAGAGAACCCGAAGAAAUGUAUCAUCACAACGAUAGACAUAGGAAAACUGAUAACUACAGAAGAUCAAGUUCAUCUCAUACGCAGAAAAAAAUUGCGUCUGAAGAUGUACGGAGAAGACCUCGUUCACGAUCCCGUUCCAGAUCGCCUAGAUCCCGUGAAGUACGUGCUAACUAUAAGGACACUCGUUCACAGCCCAGAACACUGACAGAGGGUCCUCCAGUAGCAAAUAAAAGGAGUACUGGAAUGAAGUUAAAUGAAGAAGAAUUAGAGAAACGAAGGAGGGAAAUGAUGCAACAUGCUGUUGUAAGAGAGCAAGAAAGAAAAGUCAAGGUGGACAAAUAUCGUAAGGAAGUAGAAGAUGAAGCAGGCCAACUAAACUCCGAUCGACCUAAAGAAGCUGCAUUCGUAAAAAAACAGUUGGCGACUGUAACAGCAAAUACGACCGUCGAGGCCAGGAUAAAAGCCAACGUUUUUAAUAUCCAAAGAUCUGUCAAUUCGAUGGACUCAAACUUUGCUCGUCGGUAGCUGACACCAGAAAGUUCAAUGAAAUUUGUUUAAAUAAAUAUGUUUGCGCGCCUUGCGCACCCCGUG